AUGCACGAUUAUGACGAUCAUCUCAAGCUGCAUCAUCGCAUCCUCUCACCAAGCCUGGGUGCGCCUGCAGCGGCCAAAUUCCAGCCGCUGAUGGAACUCGAGGCCAAGCAACUGCUCUUUGACCUCGCUACUACCUUAAGGAAGUCCACAGACGGUUCCACAAUUACUACGAAGACCAUCUACCCUUUACUCGAGCGAACCCAGUCUAGCGUCAUCCUUGCCCUGCAUUAUGGCCUCCGCAUACCCAAGUUCGAAGAGCCACUUCUCCAUGAGGUUAUUGCCAUCCAAGCGAAAGUCACUCACCUUGCCGCAAAUCCUCAGCUUCCAGAUCUUGUGCCCUUCCUUCGUUACUUGCCCGCCUUCAUCUCCCCGUGGCAAAAAUAUGCUGACAAGCUCUACGCUUCUCAGGUUGAUCUGUAUAUGCGCCUCUUUCGCCACGGUAAGGGCGCACCGGGUUGGAAUGCAACAAAGCAAGCCAUCACAACCGCAUCAAAACACGCUCCUGUGGACUCACCAGUAUCAGAUCUCGACCUUGCCUUCACGCUCGCGACAUCUAUUCAGGGCGGGAUGGAAACGUCACCGCGCCAAUUACUCUGGCUCUUUGUCGCAGCUAUGGAGAGUCCCGUUGUUUUGACCCGUGCGCAUGAAGUUCUAGACCAGUUCGUUGGCCGCGAACGGCUUCCUAGAUUCUCGGACCGGAAUAACCUCGUCUACGUUGACGCUGUCGCACAUGAACUGUUCCGCUGGCGGCCUAUCUCUCCAGGGUCUAUUCCACGGCGCGCGGACCGUACGGACGAAUUCGAUGGCGUGAAGAUUGCCAAAGGCGUAACCACCAUGGCAAACGCAUGGGCCAUUGGCCGCGAUGAGGUGGUUUUUGACGCUUCACUUGGUGACGCACAAGAUUUUGUCCCUGAGCGCUGGUUACGCAAUGGAAAGCUUCGCGGCGACCUUCCACUUCCUGUGUUUGGCCAGGGUCGAAGGAUUUGCCAAGGAAAGCGUGUUGCUACAGACGGAACUUUCAUGAACAUCGCGCAUCUACUCUGGGCGUUCGAUGUAGAGGCUCUAGAGGGUGAGGAGGUGGAUCCGUGGGAGAUGAGAGUCGUUGGCUUCAUGACUGAGCCUAAGCCUUUCAAGUUCCGUCUCAAGCCUAGGGGGAAAUGGGUGCUUGAUGUGGUGAGUAAGGAAUGGGACAGUACCGAGAAGGGUUUAGAAGAGGUGAUGGGUAUUUCUCAUGACGUUGAGAAGUAG